AGCCUUUUCCUCUCUCUCUCUCUCUUGCUUCGCUUCUUCGUACAAAGAAACAUAGAUCGGAACAUUCUCUUCGCUUAUAGAUCAUAAUCUUUCUCUCCUGGCUCUGUAAAAAUUGUUUGGAUGACCUUGGGACUACAUUUUAAGAAUGACUUCAAGUAUGUUGGCUGGAGAGAAAAGGUGGGCGUCCUCCACCAGAAGAGGUGGAAUGACUGUUUUGGGAAAAGUUGCUGUUCCAAAACCUUUAAACUUACCCAGCCAAAGGUUAGAAAAUCAUGGUCUGGACCCAAGUGUGGAAAUUGUUCCCAAGGGUACCCUUAGCUGGGGAAGUCGAUCAUCAUCCUCUGCAUCAAAUGCAUGGGGUUCUUCCGCUUUGUCCCCAAAUACUGAUGGUGGGACCAGUUCUCCAAGUUAUCUCAGUGGUCGCCCUUCUUCUGGAGGUGGUACUAGGCCAUCAACUGCUGGUAGUGACAGGAUGCACGAACCUACUCCUAAUGCAUGGGGACAAAAUUCUAGGCCAUCAUCAGCUUCUGGAGUAUUGACAUCAAAUCAAACAGCUCUGGCAUCACGUCCUCGCAGUGCAGAGACAAGGCCUGGUAGCUCACAGUUAUCUCGGUUUGCUGAACCCUCAUCUGAUAAUUCAGUUGCAUGGGGUCCAACUGGUGUCUCAGAGAAAUUGGGAGUGGCAACCUCCAAGAAGGAUGGGUUCUCUCUGAGUUCUGGAGACUUUCCGACACUUGGUUCAGAAAAAGACAAUUCUGGAAAGAGUCCUGACUCACAAGACCAUGGCUCUUAUAGUCGUCCUGGCUCGUCUUCUGGCAGAGCAGCCUCUGGAAAGGAGAAGAGUGUUACUUCUUCAGUUGGUGAUAUUUCUGUAAAUGCAAAUGUCAGCAGUGGAAAUGUGAGUACUUGGAGGAGAGAUGGUUCCCAUCAUGUUGAGGAUGGGGUCCAGCCUACUAUGGAGAAGUGGAAGGGGGAUCCCUCACCCUACCUAAAUCCUAAUUUUCCACCUCAUCACUUCGAUGCUUGGCGUGGUCCUCCAAUAAAUCCUCCUCCGCCUGGUGUUUGGUAUGGAGGACCUCCACGAGGUCCUCCUUAUGGACCCCCACUUGCUCCUGGUGGCUUUCCAAUUGAACCAUUUCCUUACUAUCACCCUCAAAUUCCACCUCCUCCUUUAGCAAACUCACAGCCAAUUCCUCCUCCAGGGGCUGGACCAAGAGGACACCAUCCUAAAAAUGGAGACUUACACAGACCCCACAUUCCUGAUGCUUACAUCCGUCCAGAUAUGCCAAUUAGGCCUGGUUUCUACCCUGGACCCAUGGCCUAUGAGGGCUAUUUUCGCCCCCCAAUGGGCUACUGCAAUUCUAAUGAACGGGAUAUUCCAUUUAUGGGAAUGGUAGCUCCCCCCGCUGUUUAUAACAGGUACCCUGGUGAAAAUCCUACUGAUCCUGGCAAUAAUCAUGCUAGAGCCAGUAUGCAUGGCUCCAUGGGAAAACCAUCGGCUUCAGAACAUGCGGAGUCUGGUCAUCCUGAUGAUACACGAGGACCAUACAAAGUUCUUAAGAAGCCACACAAUGAAUGGGAUGAAAAACGGGCAGAAGACAAACGGGAGCACGGUGUACCAGCCAAUGCCCAGUAUCUUGAGAAGGGGGAUCAACCAAGAACGUCAUUGCCGAAAAACGAGUGGGGAUUGGAAGACAGAGAAGACGAAGAGAAUUAUUCAGGAAAAAGAACUUUUGGUGGAGAUGCGCGUUCUCGAAAUUUCGACAAUCGAGGAACUUCCUCUUCAGAUUCUGUCAAAGUUAAGUUGCCUGAAAGUCGGGGCAAGGCAAAGACCAUUGAUGAUGUUACGGUAACCAAGUCAGAAACUGCAGCAUCCACUUUUCCACAAGUACCUCCUCAAAUAGUUCCAUCUACUCCAAAAGACCCAACGUUGAUACAAAAGAUUGAAGGUCUAAAUGCUAAAGCUCGGACUUCUGAUGGAUGGCCUGAUACUGCAUCCAUUCCUUGUAGGGAAGAGCAAAAGAGUAGGUUACAAGUUGAUGCUAUGGCCUCUCGUUCUGCCAGUGAAACAGGUACUGCUUUUGAAAGAACUCACUCCCAUGAAGUGGAUAUUUCUACAGCACAUAAGGCCCUUCAGCCAACAGCUUCUAGUGGGGCAGCCAUUUUAAGGAAAGCUAGUCAUGGUGUGCAAGGUCGACUUGACCAUCGCGGUAAAAGGUUCAACAACACUCAUGAUGCUGGUGGAUUACGAAAGAAACCUCUGGCUGCUGAGUCCGUCUGUGAAGUUUCAGCUGUAAAUUCAGAACCCAGUUUUGAUGUUCAUGUACAAGACCACCUCACAUCUGUGGAGGCGACUGAGAAGCCUGGGAUCAACCCUCAAGGGAAGGAUGAAGGAGAAUCUUUGACACCUGUGUUAGAUGAGAGUGAUUCCCAGGCACAGCGUGCUAAGAUGCGGGAGAUAGCAAAGCAACGUGCUAAACAACUACAGGAGGAGGAGGAGGAACGGAUAAGAGAGCAGAAGGCAAAGGCUCUUGCAAAAUUGGAAGAGCUGAAUCGGCGUACUCAAACAAUGGAUGGUUCAACUCAGAAGUUGGAAAAAGGUCCACCUAGUGGUCCUAUUCAGCAAGAGCAAGAACCCGUGACCACUGAAGUAGUAGUUAUGGUUGCUAGCAAAUCUGAAACUGUAAGCUCACCAUUGGUUUCUAAUCCUAAUGCUCAGAUUAGAGAGAGCAAUACCGUCGGAAUUGGAGAAUCUACUGUUAUGUCCGAAGAUACACGCCUGGAGACAUCGGACAAUGUGCAUGCAGAAUCUGUUGUUUCACAUGAUCAGCUUUUGCAUUUGCAACAGGAUUCUCAUACCGCUGGUGCAGCCAACCAUAAAGCUGCUCGACAAGGAAGUGAAGGUAGUGUUUCCAGGCAUAAGCGCAUGGGCUAUAAACAAAAGCAGAAUGCUCCAUUGGGAAAGAAUUUGAUUGAUAAAUCAGUUCCGAUCAGUUCAACUGAGGCACCAAAAGAUGAGACUCAUGUAGCUGUUAAUGAUGUUGCUGGUGAGGUUGGAUCAACUGAGCCAAUCCUACCCAUGAACUCAAAUAUCACGGCUGAGUCCUCAGCACAUCAGAGGAGGAAAAACAGCAGGAGCAGCAAAAACAAGCAUAAGUUGGAUGAUGUGUCAUCUGUUGCCGCUUUACCACUACCAGUAUCAAAAGAAACUAAUGCUGCAAAAGUUUCCACUGAAAGUGGAAAGCCAAAGGCUUCUGAGUUGGAGUUGGACCCUAGCUCAGUUCAGUCAAGGACUGGUUCUAAGGAAGCAAUUCCACCUUCAGAGCUGCCUGUGUCUGUGCCUAGUGAAGAAGCGGGUGGUAGAAUAAAUAGCCAGUGGAAACCUCAGUACAAUCGCCGGAUGCCAAGAAACCAACAAGCUAAUAGAACAGCGGAGAAAUCAUAUAGCAGCGAUGCUGUUGUGUGGGCGCCUGUGCGGUCACAGAACAAAACCGAGGUUAUGGACGAAGCCGGAAAGAAAACUGUACCCGACACUGUUAAUGCAGCAGCAAAGAGCGAUAAUUCAGUGCAGAAUAAUAUGAAAAGCAAGAGGGCAGAGAUAGAGAGAUACGUCCCGAAGCCAGUAGCAAAGGAGCUGGCUCAGCAGGGAAGCAUCCAGCAACAACCAGUGCCGUCUUCAGUCAAUCAAAUUACGUCAGAAGAAACUGUUGGGAGAGUAGAAAAUUUUCAGAAUGUUGAAGGUUCUCAACUGGGUAACUCAGUAAUUGGGAAUGAGUUGAGGAAUGCGGAUGGUAAGCAGAAUAAGCAGUCAAAAGCACAUGGAUCGUGGCGCCAGAGGGGUUUGGAAGAUGGAUCGUCCUCUACUUCACACCCUUGCAAGAAUGUUGAGAAAUCUGUUGAACAAUACCAGUCCUUGAAGCCUGAUAUAAAUUCUUUGAAAGAGCAAACAAAGUCAUCUGAUGAUUUUAAUACUUCCGAUGGGUGGGGUUUUCUCGAUAAUUCUGAGACAAAAGCAUCUGUUAUUGCAUCUGCUGUUGUGAAAGAUCAGGAAGUAACAGGCAGAGGAAAGCGACAUCCAUUUAAGGGUCAUCGAAGCAUUGGGAACAAUCGUGAUCAUGAUUACAGGAAUGCUAAUAGUGGGUACACUGAUGAGAUAGGUCAAACAGACACAAAUAUUGCUUUGAAAGAAAAUCGCGGGGUUGGGGAACGAAUAACGCCACACUGGCAACCCAAAUCGCAGGUGUAUUCAGUUCAUAGUCAACGUGGAAACCGACCCAGUAGUGGACAAAAUGCUACAGUUGAUGAUUCACUGUCCCCGAAAAGGGUGAAUCUUUCACCACAACAUGACAAGGAGAGGAGGGAAACUAUGGUGCAGCCUCCCAUUGAUCAAUCUGUGUCUGAGCAGACAAAUGUGGCAGAACUGCUGAGUUUAGGGCAGCAUCAAGAGUCCAAGAGAGAGAGGAAAGUAGCCUCAGCAAAUGUUGAUACACAACAUGAGCAGCAAUUUGCCUCAGGAUUCCGCAAGAAUGGUAACCAAAACAAUCGUUCUGGCAGAGGGCAUGAAUCUCGUGGAGAUUGGAGCUCGGCUGGGCAAGAUAACAGGCAACAUGGUAGUACAUCUUCAAACCGAGAGAGGCAGAGACACAAUUCACAUUAUGAGUACCAGCCAAUUGGACAAUACAAUAACAAUAACAAUAACAAAACCAACAAUUUUGAAGGUCCAACAGAUGGCUCUCACAAUAUGGGCUCAAGGUACAGGGAGCGAAGUCAGGGUCACUCAAGGCGUGGUGGGGGUAAUUUUUAUGGUCGGCAAAGCGGGACCGCCCAUGUUGAUGCCGGUUAUGAUUGAUGGGAAACAAAAUCUGGAACUGAGUAUUUCUUUUCUUAGUGGGUCAAAAACCGUUCCUCCAAACAUUGGGUUUGUUGGUUCCAUUAGCGAAUGAUUUCAGGUAUUGCUGCUAGAUUAGGUCUUCAUUUUGUUAAAUUGUUAUAGACGGUUAUAUAAAUUGUUAAACUGAUAUCACACGUAUCGAGCAGGGUAGGGUUGGGUCGGGGACAAGCACAUGGUGCCAAAGCAAAAUGUGGUGUUCAUGCAAAGGUACUUUGGAUGGGGUUGAUUGCUUUCUCAUUUCAAGAUGUAACUGACCUUAAUGUUACAAUUUGGUCAUGGCUUGUUAGCUGUGGAACCUUUUAUGAUUUUGUUUUUAAAAUUUUUAUUUUUAAUGUAGCUAUGUAAUUAGUGGCCAUCAUUAUCUGUGUUCCAAAUAUAUGGAAUGUUAGGGAAUGGAUUAAAAGGUUGUUUUGUGGUGCUUUCACUUGUGAGAGUAAAUUUUUGAUUAUUUUCUUAUUUUGGUCA